AUGGGGUUCCCUGUAGACACGACUUUGUAUGCCUCGCGAGAUGGUUCGUGCAUCUGGGAUGAGGAUGCCGUGCGGUUGGAUCAGUUGAAGGUGGCGUUGAAGAACGUGGGAUUCUCGAAAAGACAUGUCGCGCAGAAGUGCCAGCUGGUUGCUGCUAUUCUCCAUCUGGGUAACCUGGAAUUCCAUACCGAUCGCUCUCGCAAUGAAGACGCUGCUGUCGUGGGCAACACGGAUGUCCUCGAUAUCGUCGCAGAUUUCUUGGACGUGCAGCCGGAAGCUUUGGAGGCUGCGCUAUCGUACAGAACGAAGAUGGGGAAGAAGGAACUAUGUACAAUCUUCCUGGAUCCCGACGGUGCCUCUGAUAACCGAGACGAACUCGUGAAGCCGCUAUACUCCCUCCUGUUUGCAUGGUUGAACGAACACGUCAACCAACGCCUUUGCCACGACGACUUCAAUAUGUUCAUCGGACUGUUUGACUUACCCGGCCCCCAGAACAUGACUAGCCGGCCGAACUCCCUAGAUCAGUUCUGCGUCAACUUCGCUAACAAGCGGUUACAGAACUUCACACAGAAGAUACGAUCUUUCCUUCGACCAUUGACGGCGAUCUUCUUGAGCUCGUCCAUCUGUCGCGGGUGA